AUGGACGACGACGCCAUGCAGACGCUCACCCCACCCCAUUCGACCUCGACCUCGACCUCGACCUCGGCCUCAGGGGUCACCAAACCCCCCCUCCGGCCCAAGCCCAAGAUGAACAAUGCCUGCGAGGCUUGUAGGGCUGCCAAGGUCAAGUGCCAGCCCAGCGUGCACGCCGGCAUCUGUCGGAGAUGUCUCGAGUUCAAGCGAGAGUGCGUAUUCCGGACCGGCCCGCGGACACGGCGUCCCCGCCAGUCCAAACUCAACCAAGACGUGACCCCCCGCCCCCCGCUGCACGCCCCAUCCAAGACGUUCAGCAUCAACUUUGACAUGCCGGCGCCCGAGGAGCCUUCGCCUUCGUCCUUUGCGUCCCUGGCCUCCCGCCACGCCUCCUACAUCGAGUCUCUGCUGCCAAAGGACAACGAGCACACGCCCAUGUUCGACGAUCUCGUGUUUGAUGCCAUCAGCUCUUUUCACCAUCCUGGCGGCAUCGCCCUGACGCCUCCUCUCUCUCACUACGGUGCCCACCACGGUGCCCACCACGCCACGCGUCAGAUAGCGCACCACGAUCCUCAUGCUCGUGCCCACGGCGCGGGCUCUCACGGGGUCAGCUCUCACGGGGUCAGCUCUCACGCGGCCAGCUCUCACGCGGCCAGCUCUCACGCGGCCAGCUCCCACGGCUCCAGCUCCCAUCACGCCUCCCCACACUCGACCUCGUCCUCCUCCGGCCACAGCCACUCGCCCCAUGCCACCGUGUCCAUGUCGACCGUCGGUCUGAAGCCGCAGUUCAACCUCGACCUGGCCGCCAGCCUCCUCACCUCGUUCCGUCGCAUGCUGCCUCAUUUCCCCUGCAUCGUGCUCCCCGAUGACGCCACCGUCCCCUCGCUGGCCAAGUCACGCCCCUUUGUCCUCCUCGCCAUCCUCUCCGUCGCCUCGGGGGCCGCCUCGCUGCAGGGACACACGCUCUACGACGAAGAGUUUCGCAAGGUGCUCGGCCUCAAGUUCGUGGCCGGCGGCGAGCGCUCGCUCGAGCUGCUCCAGGGCCUGCUCAUCUACACGGCCUGGUACCCCUUCCACCUGCGGCCCAAGAACAAGCAGGCCUUCCAGUACGUGCGCAUGGCCGCCGAGAUCGCCCACGACCUCGACCUCGUCGAGCCGCCCCCGGGCGCCAUCGUCGACGCCGACGCCGACGCCGCCAUCUCGCCCGAGCAGAUCGACGGCAUGCGCACCUACCUCGCCUGCUUCUACCUCAUGUCGAGCUUCCUCGUCACCUGGGUCAAGUUCACGGCCGUCGGCCUCGAGCACACGGCCUGGACGGCCACGUGCUGCGACGUGCUCGAGCGGCGCUCGCCCGUCCCCUCCGACCAGACGCUCGCCUGGUUCGUGCGCUUUGCCCACAUCAUCGAGACGACGCACAAGCUCGACUACCUCGGCCCCGAGGGCGGCGGCGGCGGCGAGACGAGCCGCGACGAGGCCCGUCUCAUGCUGCUCGGCCUCGAGAGCCAGUUCAACGCGUGGAGGGCCCGCAUACCCCACGCCCUGCUGUCCCAGAGCCUCGGCCUCUCCAUCCUGACCACCUUUACAGACCUCUACCUCCACGCGGCGCCGAUCCACCGCUUCGCCCCGCCGCGCACCGGCCCGCGGACGCACCUCCUCAGCGCCGAGGCGCCGCGGCUGCGCUACUGCCUCCCCGUGCUGCGCGCCCUCCUCGACACGCUCGCCGCGCUGCCGGCCGCCGACUUUGCGCCGCUCGCCACGAGCGACUGGGGCAAGAUCAUCCAGGUGACCAUUCUCUCGCUGCGCCUCUCGUUCCCGCUCGCGGCGUGCCCGUCGUGGGACGACGCCGCGGCGCGCGCGGUCCUCGACUUUGGCGGCUUCCUCGACCGGUUCGUCGGCGGUGAUGCGGCGGCGGUGGCGAACGCGGCAGGGGCAGGGGCGGGGGCAGCAAGAGGAGGAGGAGGAGGAGGCGCACCAGCAGGAGGAGCACCGGCAGGCGCCGAGGCCCCCAAGAUCGACGUGCUCACGGCGAGCAAGCUCGUCUUCGGCAUCGUGCGCGUCAAGUACCGCGGCCGGCUGGCCAAGCUCGAGACGCCCGAGACGACGCUGGCGCGCGGCGCGCGCGGGUGUCCCAUGCUCGACGGCAGCCUCGACGGGUACUUUCCCGCGUGGGACCCGGACCUGACGGCGCCGGCGCCGGGGGGCCUGUGGCUCGGCGAGUCGCGGCCGUGGGACGCCGGCCUGCUCGACGACGGGGGGUCGUCGGUGCAGGAUGUGUGGUCGACCAUGACGCUCGAGUGGCCGGCCGAGGGGGAUGGCAUGGGCGCCGAGAUGGGCAUGGAGAUGUACAAUGGCGAGCAGUAG